AUGCCUGUCCCUCCCCGACUGUCCCUUCUCCUCCAGUCCCCUGUGCGAUGGAAGAGACAUGCGAGUACUUUUGCCCAGACGAUAGGAACAACAGCAACAACAUCAUGCAACACCUCAAAACGAAGAGCCUGGAUUGUAACCGCCGGAAAGCCAGGAAACGAUCGCCAAGCCAUAGCACUAGCAAAAGGGCUAGGAUGUACCAUUGAAAUGAAACACAUUGUUCCACAUUCCAGCAUCAAAUGGCUUUUUCCAGUCUUUCAAAAACAUUUCCUCGAUUACCGGUCCCAAACCUUUGGUCCCCACAGCGCACCCACCGAUCUCCCCUUUUACCUCACCUCUCCAAAGCAUGAUACACUUGCUCCACCCUACCCAGAUCUAAUCCUAAGUACCUGCGCCGAAACAACCCUCGCAUCACUACAUUUAAAAAAAACGACUCAAACACCGGCAGUCCAUAUUGGACUCCCGUUUGUCAGUGUUGAGGAAUUUAAUGUUGUUGUUGUGUGGAAGUAUGCGUGGCCUGUUUUGGGGAUGAGGCGGGAUGAGAGGGUUGUUGGUGUUGAUGUGCUUUUGGGAGAGGUUUUGGAGGGUGAGGAGAGCGAAGAGUGUGUUUUGGGGGUUUUGGUUUCGGGGGUUCGGGGACGGGAGUUUGGGUGGGGGGUUGAGGAUGGGUCGAGGUUUGUUAGGAGGUUGGAGAGGCUUUUACGACAUGCGAAUCCACCCCGUAUUCUUCUUGUGACUUGUCAAUCGACACCACAAGCACUCGUACAAACCCUCCAGAAAUGGUACACCUCCCUCCCACCGUCCAAAGCCUCGCAAAUCACUCUCCUCCCAUCAACAAAACACGACCACGUUUUACGGCAUGCGACGCACUUUGCCGUAUUCGGAGAUGACGUUGCGACACUAUCGGAAUGCCUUGGGUACAAGAAACCCGUGUAUGUGAUUGGGAUGCAGAAUUGUCGGGGGGCUUUACGGAGGUUUUAUGGGGAUUUAGUAGCCAAGGCUCGGGUACGAGUUUUUGUUCCUGCUGCACAUGCUGGGGAUGGGGAUGUGUUUAGUGAUGUUGGGGAGCAUCCAGAGUGGAGGUUUGAGGGGGGGUGUUUGGAGGGGGUUGUUGCGGAGGUUGGGAGGAGGUUGUGGGGGGAUGGGUGGAGAUGAUUUAUUGUAUGGUGUGUGUUGUUAAUUUAUUGUGGGAAAACAUACAAUAAAUAUUGGAAAAGAUAGAUGUAGAGAAAUGCGAGUCUGUUCUAUACACUCCCAUAAACUUUGUAAACGA